CGCACCCUCUGUAGCUCGCAGUCCCUUGUUAGUCUCCGUCGAGACAGCAUCCGGACGUAGAUCGGUAGGAGAGCAGCCGGAUCAGCAGCAGGCGGUGGUACCGGUGGGUGUCACCCGGUAGCGGCAUCAGCCCGUCUGUGAAGAGGAGUCCCGCUUCUCCCCAGUGCUCCCCCCAUUCAAAAGUUACUGGUUCCAUGUGCACGGCUCCCGGUGACAGGCUGCUUCCUGGCACACCCCCUCUCUUUGCCCCAUCCCAGGCGAACUUCUCCCGCUGAACUUUCAAGCCUGUCAGCUGGGGGGUCGGGCUCAUCCGCAGCGCCUCCUGAUCCUGCACUAUACCUUGGAUCUAGUUGUAUUGGCUGCAUUAGUGUUGUGUCCAUGAAUGGGUUAAUCCCAAGUGUUCUUGUGCCUGCCUGCAGCGCCACUAUGUCCUACUGGACUAACUUCAGUGCCUGAGGAUUGUGAGUGUCAGUGCCCCCCCCUGGCCAUGUAAGGGUUAACCCUCUUUGUUUUGCUGUUGAUCUGUUGCCUCUGUUAUUUCUGUAAAUCCCUCCAGUUGUGUUCCCUCUGCAGACUACUAUCCCCAGCAGUCCCGCCUCUCCCUUCAGUAGUCCAGAUGCUUUUUCUUCUCAUUGUUGUGUAGUUCUUUUCCUGUUUCUCCAGGUAGGAAGCUGCAGUGAUUCUCUCCAGUCUAUGGAGAUGUUGUAUUUGUGAUGUCUGGCGGUCCCCAGUAUGUGUAGUUGGGGGGUGAUUAUUGUGGGGGAUCAGUGCAGCCCUUGUGACUGUUGUCUGUCCAUCAUCCUGUGCUGUCACUGAUGGCAGCUAUAAACUGACCAGGCGUUCCUUUCCCUAUUUUCUAGUGUUAUUGUGAAGGUCUGAAUGUCUUGUUGUUGUGUUUAGUCCUUAUUUAUCUAUUGUGUAACACACUAACUGUAGAGAGAAGAGUUUAGUGCCAUCUCCCGUAUGCGGCACCAUGUCCAAAACACUGAAGAAGAAGAAGCACUGGCUGAGCAAAGUGCAGGAAUGCGGGUUAUCUGGGAUGGGGGGAGACCCCAGUGCCCUCCUGGAGAUCCGAGGGGGUGCUGAGCAUGGAGAAUUCCCCUACCUGGGCCGCCUUCGGGAGGAUGCUGCAAGCUAUAUUGCAGGCAAGGUACCCAGCCAAGGGGAUGUAUUGCUGGAAGUGAAUGGAACCCCAGUGAGUGGCCUUACCCACCGCGAUACGCUGGCAGUGAUAAGGCACUUCAGAGAGCCCAUCCGUCUGAAGACCGUCAAACCCGGUAAAGUUAUUAAUAAAGACCUCCGGCACUAUCUGAGCCUGCAGUUCCAGAAGGGAUCCAUAGACCAUAAGCUACAGCAAGUGAUAAGAGAUAACCUCUAUUUAAGAACAAUACCUUGCACAACUCGGUCACCAAGAGAUGGAGAGGUCCCUGGUGUGGAUUAUAAUUUUAUCACUGUGGAUCAAUUUAAAGCCUUAGAAGAUAGCGGUGUGCUGCUCGAGAGCGGAACGUAUGACGGAAAUUUUUAUGGUACUCCGAAGCCUCCUGCUGAGCCUAGUCCCUUCCAGCCUGAUUCGGUAGAUGGGGUCCUGUUUGAUGGAGACUUUGACACAGAGACUACAAGAAAGAGAACUACAUCUGUCAGUAAGAUGCAGCGUACAGAUUCAUCCCUCCCGGAGGAAGAGGAGGAUGAAGAAAGGGAGGCCGUGAAUGGGAGUAGUGGAAGUGCAGAUCAUAGAGAGAGGCCAGAAGUUACAGACUGGGGAAAAACUGUCCCGAGCUACAACCAGACAAACAGCACUAUGGACUUUAGGAAUUACUUAACUCAAGGUGAAAACUUGGAACCCCUUCCAAAGAACUGGGAAAUGGCCUACACUGAUGCAGGAAUGAUCUACUUCAUUGACCACAACACUAAAACAACAACAUGGUUAGAUCCCAGGCUGUGCAAGAAAGCCAAAGCUCCCGAAGACUGUGAUGAAGGAGAGCUUCCAUAUGGCUGGGAGAAGAUAGAGGACCCACAAUAUGGGACUUAUUAUGUUGAUCACAUAAAUCAGAAAACUCAGUUUGAGAAUCCAGUUGUAGAAGCUAAAAGAAGAAAACAGCUUGGUCAACUGAGCCUGCCUGCACCUGAGGGAACAUUGAUGCCAGAACCAGACAAGUCUCCAUUCACCAGAGAUCCAGCACUUUUAAAGGGAGCAAUACUACGUACAUCCCUUAAAAAGAGUUCUAUGGGGUUUGGCUUUACCAUCAUUGGAGGAGACAGACCGGAUGAGUUUCUCCAGGUGAAAAAUGUUCUGAAAGAUGGCCCAGCUGCACAAGAUGGCAAAAUAGCUCCAGGUGAUGUAAUCGUUGACAUAAACGGAACAUGUGUCCUUGGACACACACAUGCAGAAGUCGUCCAGAUGUUCCAGCUGAUUCCCAUAAACCAGUAUGUGAAUAUGACUCUUUGCCGGGGAUACCCUCUUCCAGAAGACAGUGAUGAUCCUGUAAAUGAUAUUGUGGCCAAUACCCCACCAAUCAUUAAUGGGCAAAUGACCACCCAAGGAGAAAACAUGGGAAGUCAAGACUUAAAACCUGGAGUAGUUCUGGACCAAAAUGGAAAACCAGGGCAUGUGUUAGUAAACGGAAGGUUAAAUGGUCCUUCUCUUGAGUUACAGGAUCAAAGGACAUCUAUGGUGUCAUCUGUAAACUCACUGCCAGAACUUGUAACUGUUCCUCUAUUGAAAGGCCCUAAGGGUUUUGGAUUUGCUAUUGCUGACAGUGCAAUGGGCCAAAAGGUCAAAAUGAUCUUGGAUAGUCAAUGGUGUCCUGGACUUCAGAAAGGAGAUGUAAUAAAAGAAAUCUAUCAUCAGAAUGUGCAAAACCUGACGCAUAUACAGGUUGUUGAAGUCCUAAAGCAAUUUCCGGUUGGGGCCGAGGUGCCAUUACUAGUAUUAAGGGGAGCUCCUCCAUCACCUACCAAAGUAGCAAAAGUGACGGACAAGCAGGAGCUGACAGGAAGCCUAGAAGCAAUUGGCCCAACCGAACCUUUACCACAACCAUUGCCCUUUCCGCCAAACCUUGCACGAUCCAAUUCCCCAAAACUUGAUCCUUCUGAGGUCUAUAAGAAGUCCAAAAAUAUAUUUGAAGAUAAGCCUCCCAAUACAAAGGACUUGGAUGUAUUUCUCCGUAAGCAGGAAUCUGGCUUUGGAUUCAGGGUCCUUGGAGGAGAUGGACCAGACCAGGCGAUUUUCAUUGGAGCCAUUAUUCCCUUAGGAGCUGCAGAGAAAGAUGGUCGCCUCCGCGCUGCAGAUGAACUAAUCUGUAUCGAUGGUGUUCCUGUGAAGGGAAAAUCCCAUAAGCAGGUCUUAGAUUUAAUGACCACCGCCGCUCGGAAUGGCCAUGUGCUGCUCACAGUGAGGAGGCAGAUAUUCAUCACAGAGAAACAGCAAAAAGAAGAGGACCCACAAAGCACUACUCCAGCCCUCAAUGGCUCUCCCAGGUUAAACCGAAUUGAAGUGACUAGUGCACCCAAACCACCCGCAGAGCCGUAUGAUGUUAUCUUACAGCGCAAAGAAAAUGAAGGAUUUGGAUUUGUCAUUUUGACCUCUAAGAAUAAACCCCCUCCAGGAGUCAUCCCUCACAAGAUUGGACGGGUAAUAGAAGGUAGCCCUGCUGACCGCUGCAGAAUGCUGAAAGUAGGAGACAGGAUCUCAGCUGUAAACGGCCAAUCCAUUGUGGAGUUGUCACACGAUAACAUUGUACAACUCAUCAAAGAUGCUGGGAAUACGGUCACCCUCACGGUGAUUGCUGAAGAAGACCACAGAGGUCCUCCUUCUGGAUCCAACUCGGCAAGACAGAGUCCUGCUCCACAGCACCGAGCCAUGGGCCAAGCACAACCGAAUUAUGGGACACUGGACAGAAGUACAUUGGAUGCAGAAGGCAAUAAGGCAGAUCUCUCUGCUUCAUACAGAUUCUUAUGGGCUGACCAUAAGCCUGAUGCGGUACACACCUUGCCUACUGGAAGCCGACACUCACAGAGUGCUGGUUGCUACCCUGUGGAGUUGGAGAGAGGACCCAGAGGCUUUGGUUUUAGCCUCCGUGGUGGCAAAGAAUACAACAUGGGGCUUUUCAUUCUCCGCCUUGCAGAAGAUGGGGCUGCGAUCAAAGAUGGCCGCAUUCAUGUUGGGGAUCAAAUAGUAGAAAUUAAUGGAGAACCAACCCAAGGUAUCACUCACACAAGAGCCAUUGAGCUGAUCCAAGCUGGUGGGACCAAAGUUCUCCUCUUAUUAAGACCUGGAACCGGACUUAUUCCAGAUCAUGAUGAUUUGGAAACCAUUCAUCCUUUAUCUCCAAGUGUAAUAUAUGAGGACCUCUCUGCAUUUUCAUCAAAUUCAUAUAUGGACCCCACUUCUGGAGUUUCUCCUUUACCAGCACCUAAUGAGGAUUCUUUUGAAGUUGAGGAAAAUGAGAAAAUGGUUGAACCAAAUGAUAUACUGCAACCUAAAAACAGUUUUGUGUUGCCUGGUAGUGAUAGUCAAGAAAGUAAGGCACCAGAGCAAGAAAAAAUGUGGUCUCCUGGCCAAGGCAAAAAUCAGCAUAUAGAUGGAUCUUUGAGUCCUAAAAACCCUAAUGAAAAGAAACUGCUGGAUGCCAAGACAGAAUUUAGCACAAAAAGAGGAAGAUCUCUGAGUCCUAGAAAGACUGAUAGCAAAAUAUCUAAAGAACAUUCUGAUAGAGUUCAGAGGUCUAGACAGACAGAGUCUAAAAAAAAUGAAAGAGAAACUAGGGAGCGAUCACUAAGCCCCAGGAAAUCCAGUUCUAAAAACCUAGAAGGUGCUGUUGACUCUACCACUCAUGCAAAAGAUAGCAGAAGACAAAGGGGAAGAUCUGCCAGUCCAAAAAAGACUUACAAGAAAGAGGAACAAGGGAGGAGUGGCCCUGAAAGGGAAGAAAGUUUGCAAAACCACAAGGAGCGGUCUCCAAAACAUAAUAUUAAAAUUGAAGGUGUAGAUCACUCUAGAGAAAGGAAAAACCAAACAUCAAUUCGGGAAAACAAAGAGGAAAUGGGAAAGACCCAUGAAAGACCUGGGAGAUCAAGGAAAGAGGAAAAGGAGGAGAAACCUAGAAAAGAGGGGGAAAAACACUUGAGACAGGAGAGAGAUGAGAGAGGAAGGAGUGAGAAAGACACUAAAGGAGAGAGGGUAGAAAAACAUUGGAAACAGGACAGGGAGGAGAAGAACUGGAAAGAGGAUAAGGAGGAGAAGCACCAGAAAGAGUAUAGGGAGGAGAGGUAUCGUAAAGAAGACAGGGAGGAGAAAUAUCAGAAAGAAGAGAGGGAGGAGAAGUAUCGCAAAGAGGACAGGGUGGAAAGGCAUCAGAAAGAGGACAGGGAAGAGAAGUAUCGGAAAGAGGACAAGGUGGAAAGGCAUCAGAAAGAGGACAGAGUGGAAAGGCAUCAGAAAGAGGACAGAGUGGAAAGGCAUCAGAAAGAGGACAGGGUGGAAAGGCAUCAGAAAGAGGACAGGGUGGAAAAGCAUCAGAAAGGGAACAGGGAAGAGAAGUAUCGGAAAGAAGACAGGGUGGAAAAGCAUCUGAAAGGGAACAAGGAGGAGAAGUAUCGGAAAGAGGAUAGGAAGGGAAUGCCUCAGAAAGAGGAUAGGGAAGAGAGAAGCAGGAGAAUUGACAGAGAAGAAAAACCCAGAAAACAUGAGAAAACCAGAAAUGAGGGUAAAGGUGAGCAAUUCAAUAGAGAAAUACAUGAAUCAAUAGGCAGCAAAAGAACAGAUGAUAGACAUGAGAAGUCCAGGCGAGAGGGUAGGUCAAGUUUUGCUGUUAAUGACACAAAAUCUCCAGAACAAAUACGUAAAACUAAUGAGGGAAGAUCUAGAAAUGUUACAGAGUCUGAGAGAAAAAAACAGGAGAAGGACCGAUAUGGAGAACUUUCUACUCUUCGUGAGCCACAAACCAAGAAUCCUACAGCUGAUACAUUUGAGAAAACCAAAGAUGAAGGAGUUUUGACGGCAGGAGAGAAAAAAAAGCACAUUUCUCCAGGACCAUGGAAAGUUCCCGGUACAAAUAAAGCCUCAGAUGCCAACAUCUUGAAUAUAUAGAAACCAAGUCCAUGUGCCGCCAGCGAGAGGAGCAAAUAUAUCUUAAAACCUGAACUGCACAGAAGGCUUUUUUGGCUUUGUUUGUAAUGAGUGGUCUUCCACAAGCUUGAAAUCCCUGCAACUCUAUGAAGGUGUUUUAAUGCACUUUUUAGACUUUGUGCUGCUAUAAUGAAAGUUGGGGACAGUGUUGUACAGAUCUAGAACAAUCAUUAUUUAACUUUGCCAGUGUGAUCAUAACUCCACUAUUCGUGCCAAUGUAUCUACCUGCUCAGUUUAUCUCCUCUCUUACUGUAUGUCUGUGUAAAGUGUAAGCUUAACUCUUUUCUUACUUAAGCCAAAAAGCCUCGGCUAAAAUACCCAGUUAGCAUGUUGCAUGUUUGCAGACAGUAAUAAAACGACAUACAGGUCAGUAACGGACAAAAAGGAAGAGCAAAGUUGUCAGCAUGACAUAUAUCUACCCUUUAAUCUCUACAGAGGUUUUAUAUGUUCAUUUUGCUUCACACAUUUUGAAGAUAUUGAAGAACAAAUAUAGAGUCUGUUGCCCCAAAUUUUCAACUUUUAGAGAGCGCUUAGUAUGUAUAUGUGUUAUUGCAGAUUUGGCAGAUAGUGUUACAUUUUGAACUCAUCUGCCUAAUGGCAUUUUAUAAUAAUGUAUAUGAUUUAGGGAAGGUGCAAGAGAAAUAAUAUAUGCAGCUAACUAAGCAGAGUGUGUUUGAUCAAUCUCUAUAUAAUUUAGCUUUGAGGUUAGUGAGCGGAAAUAGUAUUUUCAAGUUUAUGAAGUUUCCAAAGUAUGACUGGCAUAUAGUUGAGAUGUUUUGCAUUUUUUUUUGUCUUAAAAUUUUUGAGAACUGCAAGAUUGUAGGUACAUGAUUUAAAUGCAUUGUAUAUUUUAUUGCAGCUUUGACACUACAGGUGAAAAACCACUAAAAUGCUGUGACUGUUGUCAUUGCAACUACUAUCACCUAUGUUAUGUUUGAUGCCUGACUGCUUUUUGCUAAAGGGACAACAUUUAGGCAUUUACUGUAUAUGCCAUCGCAGCAAGUUAAAGCAUGGCACAAGGAUUCAUAUGAAAAUCUGUGCCCCAUGGCUCCGGACUACUGCCCACUGGGUAGUCCUUUUCUGUAAACCAGAGCUUCUCAAUCGUUUUCUUUUGGGCCUUAACGGCCAUUCCUCUUAAAAUGUGUCCUGAACUAGGUAGUGCAUUAAAAUAGUCAUAAAAGGAAUCGGAUAUGUUGCCAAACCAGAGAUUGAUACAAAAAAGGCUGGCAUAUAUUUCUUUCUUGUGUUUUUUGAUAUGCUGCAUUUUUUGGGGGGUUUUGGCUCUGUAGAGUUUGAGUGGUGCCAGCCGACCAGAAUAAUUGAUGUUGAAUGUUGCCUACAUGGUCAGGGAUAUCAAUUAGAUGCUAGGUAUUUUCUAAAAGUAAGAACACAUUGUGGCCUAUAUAAUCCAUUCAGUUACAGUGGGUUGUAGAUAAGCCUUCUAGUUUGCUUUUUCAGACGACAGUGCUACUCUUGUCCAUGGGUUGUGUCUGGUAUUGUUGCCCAGUUCAAUUCACUUGUCAUAUGAAUGCUUGUCUUGGGCACCACCACUGUUUUUCAAUGCCCUCAUUUAUUUAUUUGUCUUAAAUGUCCAUCAUACUACUGUGGUGACUGUGGUGUGGUACAUAAGGAAUUAAAAGGAUGUUUCUGCCUUAGGUAAAUGACACUUAUCUAAAUUAUGCAGAACUUUGCUGAAAAUCUGUGUAACUUACUAAUAUACCUGUUUUUCAGAUCUCUGCAUGUACUCAGUGAAUGGAAGCAUUCAAUGUUCACAGUCAGAAGCUGAAGCCCUGUCCAGACUUGUUUGUUGCACUGUAGCUUUCUAAGCAAUUCUAUGUAAGCUACACAGAGAAGCAGAACACAUUUCUCUCCUAUAGUGGACUCCGGGCUGGUUGCUUUUACCUACACAGAUGCACUGUUAAAAGCCAUUAGUUAUGAGCAGAACUAAAAGGACUAUUACACAAGGUGGUUAUCGGCAAAAUGGGGCCAAUAUUGCUCCAUGUAAUAGACCCAGUGGUCAGCCUACAAACAAGCAGAUGCUUGUUCACCUGCUGAUGCAUCUUUUUUGCAGGCCUAUGAAUCGUUGUUUGUUGGCUUUACAUCUCUCUACAUAAACAGGGGGUGUGCGACUGACAGUGGUGUAAUUCAAGGCCCACACCGAUAAUCCAGUAGUCAAGUCUCUUCAUAAAUUAGCUUGUAUGAAACCGCAAUGUCCCUAUCAGCUAGGACGUGAGCGGAGGGUCCGUUACCUGCCUCCGGUGCAUCCAGUCGGCGAUUGAUUGCUCCAAGCCCGAGAUGCAGGCUUGAGCAAUUGACCUCAGAUAACGCUGAUCAAUGCAAUACUAUGGCUUUGCAUUGAACAGUGCUGGCAAUCAAUGCACUGCAUGUGAUAGCCCCCUAUGGGAGCUAUAACAUUGCAAAAAAAAGUGUAAAAAAAAAGUUAAUAAAGAUGAUUUAACCCCUUCCCUAAUUAAAGUUCAAAUCACUCCCCCUUUUCCCAUAAAAAAAACCAUGUAAAUAAAAAUAUAAACAUGUGUGGUAUCGUGUGCAAAUGUCCGAACUAUAAAAAUAUAUAAUUAAUUAAACCGCACGAUCAAUGGCGUGCGCGCAAUUACAAAUUCCAAAAUAUAUUUUUGGUCACUUUUUAUACCAUAAAAAAAUUAAUAAAAAGCAAUGAUAGAGUCCGAUCUAAACAAAAAUGGUACCGAUAAAAACUUCAGAUCACGGCGCAAAAAAUUAGCCCUCAUACCACCCCGUACGCAGAAAAAUAAGUUAUAGGGGUCAAAAGAGGACAAUUUUAAACGUAUAAAUUUCCCUGCAUAUAGUUAUGAUUUUUUUCAGAAGUACGACAAAAUCAACCUAUAUAAGUAGGGUAUCAUUUUGAUUGUAUCAACCUAUAGAAUAAAGAGAAGGUGUCAUUUUUACCGAAAAAUUUACUGUGUAGAAACGGAAGCCCCCAAAAGUAGAAAAAUUGCGUUUUUUCUUCAAUAUCAUUGCAUAAUUAUUAUUAUUUUUAUUUUAUUUUUUUGUUUCGCUACAGAUUUUUGGGUAAAAUUACUGUCAUUACAAAGUUGAAUUGGUGGUGCAAAAAAGAAGCCAUCAUUUGGGUCUGUAGGUGCAAAAUUGAAAGGGUUAUGAUUUUUAAAAGGUGAAAAGGAAAAAAUGAAAGUGCAAAAAGUUAUUUAUUUGGCAUAAGGAAUCCAAUAUUAAAAAUCAUGUUUAAUGACAGUGCCCGUUUAAUUCAGGACAGGCUUUCAGCCUUUGCUUGCAGUAAGUUAAUGGAGAAAUUCCCUUAGCAAACAUGCAGAGAUCUUCAAAACAGUAAUUGUAACACCAAGUAUGUAGAAAAGUUAUAUUUUUCUGUUAUGCAAAACUGAUGUGAAUAUAUAACAUUUAGUAAUAUAUAUAUAUGGGAAUAGUGCCAUCUUCUUCACCUUAUAGCAGCCCUUCUUCCCCCUUCCCCUCAACUUGCCUCCAGAUUCUCUGUAAAUGUUAAAAAAUAAAAAUUCAUCAAGUUAGUAAAGAAUCUUUCCAUAAUACAACAGUAAAUAGUAGAAGGGGUCUCCAAGCUUGUGACAUAGAGGAUGUCAACUAAAUGCCGGCUGAGGAGGCAAGAAGCAAUAGGAGACAGAAAUGUUAGGCAUUUGAGGUGCUUAGCCCCGCCCUGUGGGCACUUGCUGCUCCUUUGCAUGUAUUAAAUAAUGCUAAUUGCUUGACUCACAUACAGGGAUUUGCCAUUGUAAAGGUAUGCCUCCAAUGUUUUUACCUAUCCACCUAUCCAAAGUACCUAUCCACUCAAUGUACAUAGACAGAAUAUGUAUAU